GAAUGUCCUAGCAAUUUUAAGGGAGGUCCUCUCAUGGAUAAUUGGAAAGGAAAUUUGAACCAGCAGUAGAAAAUCCAAAGCCAACUUAACAGCUUAGAAAUAUUCAUGUUACAGGGGUAACUAGAGAUGCUUCAAAAACUAUUCAUUAUCCAAAAUAACCUAAAGUAAUUAACUUGAGUUUCAUUUAGUAGAUAUAAAUAAUUAAGGUUCCUUAAAGAUGUGGAAGUAACCAAACAGUGUGUUCUGUUUAGGGAUUUAGUACAUUAACAUAUGAUGAUAUUAGACCAAAAGAAAAAGAGGAUAGUGUAAUUAAUAAAAUUAUGAGACUAUUUACUCGAGAAGUUGAUCCUUGUAAAUGCUUACCUUAUUAAAAUAAUACUUGUAUUAAAGCUAAAGAAUGGUUAGGAAAUUAUGAUGCUGAUAAAUUAAAAACUAAAUACUCUAAUUUAUUAGAAAGUAAAUGUGAACCAAAGAUUAUUAAAUAAAUAAAUCUUGAUGUUGAAAGAACUCAUCCUCUUAAAAAUUAUCCUUAAAAAUUAUAAGAUUUAUAAUAGGUUUUAAUAGCAUAUUCUAAAUACAAUAAAAUUGUUGGUUAUAUGUAAGGAAUGAACUUUGUUGCUGCUGGUUUAAUUUAUCAUUCUGAUAAUUAUGUUGGUUUUGAAUUACUUAGAAAACUCAUUGAUUUACUAUAAAUGAAUGAUCUUUAUUCCCCUAUGUAAGUUAAUUUAAUAGUAGGUCUCCUGGUUUAUCGAAGCAUAUUUAGUUGAUUGAUUAUCUUAUCCUAACCAAAAUGCCAGAUUUAUAUUAACAUUUUUGUAUCAACGGUGUCAAAGUAGACAUGUUUUGUGCCUCAUGGUUAUUUUCAUUAUUUGGAAUGAUGAUUCCAAUCCAGAAAUAAGUGAAAUUAUACGAUUGUAUCUUCAAGUAUGGUUGGACAUAUAUUUAUCAAUUGAUUAUUGGAUUUCUUCUUUAUCAUUAAGAAAUUUUGAUGAGUGAAGAUAUGACUGGAAUUAUUUGCAUUUUAAGUCAAUAAAAUUAUAGAAUAGAUGACAAUGAAUUCGAAGUAGAUUGGGAUGAAUUAUUGGAUGCUUCUCUUAAUGUCAAAAUUAGCAAGACCUUUAUAUAAGAAAUGCAUAUGAAAUUUGAUACUAAGAUUUAGACAUUUAAAUUAUGA